AACUGGUGUGUAUAUACAGUAGGCAGAAGUCUGAGCUAAACACUGAGUAAAUCUCACCCUCUCACUCCCUUUAACUCACUCCCUCUGGUCGCAUUCCUCUGAUACACAUCGGGAGCCGCUCACAUACCUGUCAUAUUCCUCACCAAAGCUGCACUUCCGUGAGUCAUGUCAGUCGGCUGACCGACAAUAAUGCGAUUGAACUCGAAUAAUAUCGGUGCUUUUGGACUUUUGAAAAAGAGUGAAGGCAAAAAGUUUCUGAUACAGCUGCAGUUUACCUGAGCAAAAGAUGGAUCGUGUUUCCCAGCGAGACUCACAGACCGCGUAAAAGCUCCCGGAACAGGUGUGACAACGAAUGAAGGGAAAAUGGGGGGCUGUUGGAGAUGGUGCUACCAAACCUGCACCUGCUGUCUGAGCGAGGAGGAAAGGAAAUCGAUCGCUAUAGACAAAGAAAUCCGAAGAAUUCUUGCUGAACAGAAAAAAAGAGAGCGCAGAGAAAUAAAAGUGCUCCUACUGGGUACAGGAGAGAGUGGGAAAACUACAUUUAUCAAGCAGAUGAGAAUCAUCCAUGGAAAUGGAUUCUCAGAGGAAGACAGACGCUCCUUUGCCAAACUGGUUUUCCAGAACAUCUUCACAGCAAUUAAGGCUAUGACAACAGCCAUGACAACCCUCAGGAUUCCCUACACCAACCAGCAGAACGAGGCUUAUGCUAAGUGGAUUCAAGCUGUCAUUAUAAAUGAGGUGACCCAACUGGAGCGAGCUUAUGUAGAUGCUAUUCGAUGCCUGUGGGCAGACACUGGACUUAAAAUGUGCUACAGUCGCCGGCGAGAGUACCAACUACUGGACUCCACUGAAUACUUUAUGACGAACCUGGAGCGCAUUGCGGCCCAGGACUACAUCCCCACUGCUCAGGAUGUGCUGCGGGUACGUUUCCCAACCACUGGCAUCAAUGACUACUCCUUUGUAGUCGAGAAGAUCACUCUUAGGAUUGUGGAUGUUGGGGGGCAGAAAUCAGAGAGGAGGAAGUGGAUCCACUGCUUUGAGCAUGUGACAUCGCUCAUCUUCUUGGCUUCUCUCAGCGAGUAUGAUCAGGUUCUGGAGGAGAACAACAAAGAUAACCGAAUGGAGGAAAGUCUAACACUUUUCUACACUACCAUCCACUCACCCUGGUUUGCCAAUUCCUCUAUCAUCCUCUUUCUCAAUAAAAUGGACAUCCUGGCUGAGAAGAUUAAGACGUCUGACCUGCAUAGCUACUUCCCUAGGUUCCAGGGCAAGAAACGGGAUCCUGAUGCGGCAAUGGACUUCAUCCGUGAGAUGUACAAGCAGCAGGCACAGAACCCUGAGAAGAAAGAAAACAAGACCAUUUACCCACACUUCACCUGUGCAACAGACACCAACAACAUACGCAAGGUGUUCAGCGAUGUGAAAGACACGGUGCUCAUCAAGUCUUUGCAGGAAUAUGGCGUGCUGUGACCAGGCCAUUUCAUGACUGCUUCUCAAAAAAUUGGGGCUUAAUCCACCCCUUCACCUUUUUCUAGUGUCAUUUGUCAUAAAAUUUAUAUUUCUAAUUGUUUUGGGUGGGAAACAUGGUACAAACAUCUCCAACCAUUGCAGUAAUGAAAUGGGCCAGAGCUUGGCUAAAGAAAUCAUUAAUGUUUUUCACCAUGCAGGACAGAUAUUAGUGGGUUUCUGUUUUUCCUCUUGUUUGUGUGCAAGACAACAAUGGAAACACUCUGGAUUUUACACUUGACUGCUGCAUUGCUGGCUGGAAAGACUAAGUUGCAGUGUACAACCAAAGGCAUCCACAUAUAAAAGGAAAAAAUUGACUUCUCUCAAUGAGAACAUUAGGAUGCAUGAAGUUUUGUUUUUUUUUUCUUUUUUUUAUUAUUAUUGCUGGGGUUACAUGAUUUGUUAUGGAAAAAACUUUGACUGUUCAAAAUUUUUACAGUCGAAUAUAAGAGACUGCAGACAGUAAGGGCUUUACUUCUUCCUCUGGGACUAGGUCUUACAGUAUGUCCUUAUCUACAGGGAUAGGGCUUUUUAUCAUUUUUAUACCUUUAUUUCAUCUUUGUACUUUUGCUCAAUUAUACUCUUUUUAAAUUAGAGCUUAUUUGCUCUUUGUACAAUUUAUAUUUAUCAUUUGGUCUUAGUAUUAUGUCCAGCAAACAUUCUAAAUUUAGGUGCUUAUAAUCAUUUAUAAUAUGAAGGGUGAGCUGAACUUCUUAUUUUUAAGCAAUUGAAUAUAAAACAUCUCAAAAAAAUGAAGGAAAUGCCGAUGUGUUAUAUGUUCUCAACUUUUAACCUAUGAAUGAUUUGUCUAUUGUAUUAUGGAUAAAAGUUUUUUAAAAUUUAAUAAAUAAUAAUAAUUAAUAAUAUCAUAAUAACUAGUUCAGUGAAUAAAUAAUAAAGGACAAGUCAUGGCAGAAUUACAUAA